AUGUUUGCCCCUUCACUGUCGACCACACUUGGUGGCCCACCUCGUGUGGCCCUAAAGACCAAGAGCUGGCAUUUACUGGCCGACCCGAGCAUCCCAUACUUCGAGCCGGGCAAGUCCCAACGAAACCUCCACACACUCACAAAGGGAGAGGGGUGGAGACGGCUCCGAAUCGCCUCCGAAGCGACGAGACUUUUACCGAGGCCCGUUUGGGAGCGUCUGCGGCCCCUCGGGCUCUCCUUUCACUGGCUCCCGCGAGUCCUCCCUCACCCCAGAGGGCGGAGGUUCCCCGGGGCUUUGGGGACAGAGACGCUGCAGCCGCAGCACUUCGGGCACCUGUGGCUGGGGCCUGAAACAGCGCCCUCGGGAGCCCCGGGACUGCGGGGCUGCGGCGGCGACCCGCGCCGGCAGUUUGGUUCAAAUGAGCCUCUCCCACCCGCCAGGGUCGGGGCAGGGGGGUCGCGACCCCGGCUCUCGCUUCGCUCCGGUUCCCGGAGGGAGGACUCGCCUCAGGGCUUCGCCCGCCCGUGCGCUGUCGCUCUUGACGGACGCGGCGGCGGAGCUCGGUGGAGCGCGAGGCUGGUAAACCAGUCGACUCAGGCCGCGGAAAGGAGUUGCCUGCAAAGAAAGAUGCUGCUGAAAUGGGCCUACGAAAAAUCAAAUUCACCCCACCCUUCAAAUUAUAGAAUGGGACUGGGAUUAUAUAUAAACCACCCCAAAGGGUUUUAA